GAGAGACUGGGAGGAGCGACGGUUUGAGCUCCAGGUGGUCGAGCCUGCGUAAAAACUCACCAAACACACGCCAAACGCUUACGAAAUAGUGGGAAAAGCUAGAUCCUUGCACUUAUAUGAAUGAAUAAGUUGUUUUGAGAAAGCCUGCUGGAUUUGUUGCUGGAUAAAUUACCAAAAGAGCGUAACGUGCUUCGGUGGUGCGUCACUGCGAUCUCCACAGAAAUCGGACAAAACGGCAUCAAACAGGGUGAACUUUAGAUUCUUGGCCAAAAACGACGGCUUGUUUCAGCCACAAGUGGAGAUAUGUUCAAGAAAAGCAAGAGUAAAGUGCUGGUGGAUUAUGCGUCAGAGGAAGACGACAUGUCCUGGCACCAUCAACACUCCUACAAGGACAAAGACAUAGAAGGAGAGGAAGAGGAGGAGGAGGAAGCAGUCACUGCAGUAACCAAGGAGGCCAAGGCGAAGAAGAUCAUGUCCAAAAAAGAGAGGAGGGAGAAGAAGAUGUUCUCCUCUAAAGAUGACGAGCACUUCUUGUUGACCGAAGUAAAGCUGGCUGACCGCAGAGGGUCUCACAAGAAAAUCAAGGAUGAUGAGAAAGAAAAGGAAAAGAAGGACAAGCCAGAGAAGGGCCACUGUUUCUGGGAGAGCGUCACUAUGACGAUGAGGCAGAUCUCCCCUACCAAAAAACUGGAGAAGAUGGAGGGCUGGGAGCCGCCUCACCUGGAGAACUUAACUGAGACUGUGACCGACGAAGCCCCAGAGGACAAGAGCCAGAAAGGGGACUCGCCAGUGUCCUUCCCCAACUCUCUGGGCCUCCCGCUGGAGCUUGCCUCCUGGACGGGCCGGGGUCUUGAGGAGGACUCCUCCCGCUAUGCUAAUCUGUCGGACUCCAAGGAUUCAACAGCUGCCGUCAGGUGGACAGACCGCGCCAAAGUCAAGCUGGCCGGCAUCAGCAGGAUGAGCAGAGGGAUUGUGUCAGAAAGUGCUUGGGAGGGGUUUAAAUAGUAACCAUUUUACAAUCUAUACCCCUCCCUCUUCACCUGUGUAUCAUCGCUAAAGAGGAUGAGGCCCGAACCAAAUAUCUGCUCGUCUCUGUAGUCUAGUUCUGGACCAAACCGGUGUUAUUGCAGCUGAUUUAGAGAUGUUGUUGUAAAGCCCUGAACAUAACACAUGAAGUUUGUCCUCAUUACUUUAGUUUUGACUUCUUUAAAGACAAUAUAUGUCAGUUUUAUCAAUGGGAUGUUUUGAAUCACUGACAUAAACUGUAAAAUACGAAAAAAUUAAAGCCUUAAACUACUGUACUAUUUUAACUGUGAUAUCCACUGGCCUGGCAUUUAGAUAUUUUAUAUUUCCAAGUGAUUUUCAUAUAAUCAUUGUGGCUGUCAGUGGUAGAGAAUCAAUGAAGAAUAUGCAAACCUGCUACUGAAGACUUUUUCACUUCCUAUUGUUCCCAGUUACAGCAUCUGACUGAAGAAUGUGAGUCUAGAGCCUUAACUUAUAGAUCAAUAAUGGGCCUAACAUCUGUGCAAACAUGAAACAGUUUAUGAAAUACUUUUGAUCUGGAAUAUUAGUGUGUCUUUGUGUGUGUGUAUCUGUGAGUUUGAACACGAGGAAGUGUGUGUGUUGGACAUGCACGCACAUAAAUUGAUGUAAAUCGCAGUUGGCAUUGCAAAGGAUAUUUUAAGUUCUGUUGUUGUGUCAGUAUCAUAUAGGGGGAAUAAAUCCAAACAACUCCCACAGUGUCAUAAUUUGAUGUGUUUAAAUCCGAUGCUGAAUAAUAUUUAUAGAAAUUUGUAUUGAUGAAAAGAUAAAAGCCAAACUCUGUGUAUGCUUGUCUCUCGAGAAAAACAGUGACUACAUACACCUGUGAAGUGCCUUGUAUCAAUAGAAUGACAUCAUGUGUUUGCUGUAAAUUUGAACUAGGCCAUCCUGAGCACAAACUGCUGAGCUCAUCACAAUGUCAAUGCAUGUGCAGAUGGGUCAACCCAGCAUGCACUUGUGCUGCAUCAGCUAUUGAGACAUUAACUGGUUUCCAGUUACCAUCCACGGAUGCCGAGGGCCAGCAGAAGUGUUUGUGUGCUACAUUAUAAAAACCUGGUCAGUUCUUUAAUGCUGUUUGCAUGUAUAUUGUAUAGGACUGAGACGAUGAUUUCAUUUCUAUAAUGAUUUUUAUUUUAGGUAAAUGAGAAAUGUCAUGCCACUGGUCUUUGCUUCUUUUUUCUUGUUUUCAUUCUGCCUGCUGAAUUUGUUUGACACUGAGGUCUGCUUCAUUGCAGCCAGAAGUGUACACAGAUACAUGUCCACUUGUAUGCCUGUGUCUUGUAUUUAUUCACUAAACAGCUGGGUCACAUUUUCUCAAGCAGAAUAAAGAUCUAUUCUGAG